AAAAGGCCGCCAGACCUGACGCCAGAUUGGAAGAUUCAAGAAAUACCCCCAGAGCCAUAUUCGCAGACUUUUUACAAAGAAUUUGAGAGACCAUAUAAGUUGCAGCCGUUCGCUAUGAGCGCUGCAAUUUGGGACGGGUCAACUGACAACUUUGACCACCCCCAACUCCUGGGUUGUUACUGCUGUACUGUGUACAAAAAAGUGCUCCCACUGGCCGGCUGUGCUGUCCUUACGACUCGGCACAUUCUGACUACGGCAACGUCAACUGAACUCGUACUUAAGGAACAUGGUGAGAAAAGACAUCUGCACAAUAUUCUGGGUGCCUGGUACGAUAUGUCGGAGUACGCACCAAACAACAGCAUUUAUAUGACCCCUGCAAGAAUUCAUUACCAUCCUAAAUAUAUAAUGCCAGAAGCUGUAAAUGCCUCGCAUCCAAUCCCGGCAGUCUUUGAUUUGGCAGUAUGGGCAUCAACACAUCCAUUUUUUUUCUUUGAAAAUCAAGGGGGUAAAAAUACUCGGAGCACCUACGUUUGCAACAGAGCGGGAUCGUAUUGGCUACAAUUCGGCUCUCCGACGCUUGGAGCCGUAAAACAGCCGGUCGCUAUUAUAGUUGGAUUCCAAUUUAUAAUGUGGUACAGAAGAAAACCUACGCCUUUCCACAAAUAUGCGGUGAAAACACAGAAGUACACUGGUAAAUGUCCAAAGACGGAAUGGGGGUGGUUCUUCUGCAUUUGGGGCAGAUGGGCAGGGCUAGGGCUGGACAGUGGUGCCGCCUUGCACAGGGCAACGCAAGGCCAAUCUUGGCUCUACGACGGGCUCCUGGGUAUGCACGCUUUCUCCAUGGACCUGAGGGCCAAAGAGCUUACCCAUUACUUCACUCCAGUGGAAAACCACGCUGUUUUGUCCUGGCUUUAUGACGCAUAUAUGGGCAGAAAGGAUUAUCGCUGGCUGGAUGAUCGGUUUCAGGACUCGGAAUGGCGGGCACCGGUGCCAAAGAAAGGAAACCUAAUCCAAUGGAAAUACGACCAAGCAAGUACAUCCUGGCCGAAGCCUGCGUUUGAGCCUCCGAUAUUUUAUAAAAAAAAAUAA